CAAAGGCUCUGCUGUAAAACCCUUGAGACUAGAACGAACCGACUGAUAAAGUAAAUAGGACUUCAUGUUAUUGUCGUAUCAUUAAAAGUUCCUCUAAAAUCUUUAGGUAACUUUUCCAGAAACUCAUUUCAUUAAUGUACGCUCACUACGAGCUUUGACUCUAAUUCCUGGACUAGUCCUGUCUGCUCCGUCAUUCUUUCACUUCGUCUCGUGGCUCAUCGUGACUCCACAGCCUCCGUCUCUUCCGUGAAAGCCGCCGUUCUGCCUCAGACCACUCCCCCCCUCGCUCGCAGUGAACGGAAGCGCCUCCGCUGUAGCUGUAGCUGCAGCCGCCGCCGCCUGUUGCCGUCGGACUCGCUUCUCUCUUCCGUGAUGGCGGAGGCCAACGCGCUCGAGGAGCUCCAGUCGGAGCUCACCUGCCCGGUGUGUCUGGAGCUGUUCCGCGACCCGGUGAUCCUCGAGUGCGGCCACCACUUCUGCCAGCUGUGCAUCAUCCAGUGCUGGGAGGCCAAGGCGGACGAGCUGUCCAACUGCCCCAAGUGCAGAAAGUCGUGCGCGCGCAAGCUGCGGCCCAACUCGCUGCUGUGCAACGUCGUGGACAGCGUGCGCCGAGCUCGCGCCGCCGACGCGACCGCGGGCUUCGCGGGCUUCGCGGGCUGCGAGCUGGAGCGCGCGCUGGAGGACGCCGAGCAGCGGGACGCGGGGUCCGGCGCGGGCAGCGUGGCCGAGUCGGUCGGCGCGUGGCUGCGCCGCGGGCUGGACAUGUGCGGGGAGCACGAGGAGAAGCUGAAGCUGUACUGCGAGGACGACCAGCUGGCCGUGUGCCUGGUGUGCGGCAUGUCGCGCGAGCACAAGGGCCACAGCGUCGUCCCGAUCGCGGAGGCGUUCGAAAACUACAAGGACAAGCUGUGCGCGGCUCUGGAGAAGGUCCGGCUCCAGACGGAGGAGGCCACGCUGUUCCAGAGGCGGACCAACGAGGAGAUCCUCUUCAUCAAGGAGCGGGCCGGGGACCUGGAGGCGCGCGUGUCCGCGGAGUUCGGCCGCCUGCGGGACUUCCUGCUGGAGGAGGAGCAGCGCCUGCAGGAGCGGCUGCGCACGCAGAAGGAGCGGCGGCUCGCGCGGCUGGAGGAGGCGCUGACCCGGGCCGCGGAGCGGCUCAGCCGGCUGGAGGGCGCGGCCGAGCAGCUGCAGCUCCGGCUCGCGGAGGAAAGCCCGGAGCAGCUGAGGGGAAUUAAAGAUUUCAUUGGAAGGGUCAACGGCCUGUUUGACUGCUCCCCCGAGGUGAGCGAGCCGCUGCAGUUCGGGGAGUUUGAGGGGCCUCUGCAAUACAAAACCUGGAGGAAAAUGAGCUCAGUUCUCCAGCCAGCCGUGGCAGCAGUCACCCUGGAUGCAGACACCGCCUACCCCUGCCUGUGGGUGUCCCCCUGCCGCACCAGCGUCCACGUGGGCAAGAUCCAGGCCGACCUGCCCAACAACCCGGAGCGCUUCACGCGCUACAACAUCGUGCUGGGCUCGGAGGCCUUCUCCUCGGGCAGACACUACUGGGAGGUGGAGGUGGGCUGCAAGACGGCGUGGGGCCUGGGCGUGGCCAGAGCCUCGGUGGACAGGAAGGAGGAGAUCAGCCUCUGCCCGGACGACGGCUUCUGGACCCUGGUGCUGAGGGACAAUGGCGACGGCACCAGCGAUUACGAAGCCUGCACAGACACGGAGGAGAGCUUGUUACACCCCACCAGACCUCCCAGGAGGGUGGGGAUCUACCUGGACUACGACCGCGGGGAGGUGGGGUUCUACGACGCAGGAGACAUGAGCCACCUCUUCACCUUCUACGAUGCCAAGUUCAAAGAGCCGGUUUUCCCGUACUUCAAUCCCUGGCCCAUUAUUAAUGGACACAACUGGGAGCCGCUCACCAUAGUAACGCCGCCCUAGGGACAAGUGUUUGCGUUCGGCAUCAGCGGCCUUCAAUGGACUCGUUUACAUGCAGUCGUCUGCAUUGUGUCUACGCAGAAGUAAUCUGGUAACAAUGCCAAAUAGCAAAGUUCCAUAAAAUUAACCAGAAAUUAAAUAUUUCCUUAUAACAAGUGCUUUUAAGAAAACUUAAAAUGACCUAUAUUUAUAUAACCUAUAGAUGUGAACACACACACACACAUACCUUGUACUUACAUCGACACACACGAGGAAAAUACCCUUUUUUGGAAGGAAAAUACCCUUUUCUCAGUACGCACAAACUCACACACACAGAGCAUUUUGCUACUGUAAACAACAUAAGUGGUACAAAAAUUAUGUUGGAGAACAAACGUUACAGUUUCUAUAUCUGCUGAAGCAGUUGUGUAUUUUUACUACAGUUUACAGUUUUAUGGAUGACUUCUCACCAUCGUAUUUAUUCAACACUACAGCACUGCUCUGAAAUAGAAAUGACAGUUUCUGUCGUUUCUAUGUGUUUUACAUUGAACUUAAUAUUGACAUACUUGGCUUUAAUUUUAUACGUUUCCACUAGAGGGCGCUCAAAACGAAGCCUGACCCCAUCACGUUGUCCUUGGCUCGUUAUGAAGUGAUUUAACUUUUCAUGAAACAUAUGGAGCCAACUUCCAGUAAAGAAAAUCCAGUAAGAGCUUUUAGACAGGGCUCCUUGUUUACCAGUCAGUUCAUUUAAUUUAGAGGUAGAUAAGGUCAAACAUCACUAAACCCUCAAUUCAGUUGAUUCAAAAGAGCAAACUCUCCCACAAAAUGUGUUAACAUGAAAGAGACAACAGGAUGAGUAAGUGAUUGCAAAAUGAAAUGAGCACAUAUGCAAUAUAAUGGAAGAGGCUUUGCUGUGAUAACAUGCAAUAAAUAAAGCUUUGGAGUCAGAUGACUGGAGGAGGCCGGACCCUCUGGUGGCUGGUGUUUGCACGACAAGCAGCCGCAACGAGAGGAGGGAAAAUGGGAAGAGACAUUUGAAACAAUGGCAAAAGUCAUGAAGCACAGAGACAUAUGUUAGACCUGUGUGAGAUCAGAGGACGAGAAUGUUCUGGUUCCAGCACACAGACGUGUUGGGUCCAGACCCGCUGAGGUCACGCUCCCUUUUCUCUCCCACUGUUUCUCAUUUGCCUCGUUACUAAUGAUGUCAAAUAAAGGCAAAAAAUGAA